AUGCAGAGGACCGUCGGGUCGACGAGAUGCCGGGUCGCGUGUCGGCUUCGGAACUCGCGAGACGUGAAGGCUGGUCCGGUCUCUCUGGCAGCGGGCAGCAACGAGGAGUGGUGGGGUGGUCGACAAGAUGGAAGAGGACGCAGCAGCUCAGGCCCGAAACACUCUCCUACCCUUCUAGGUUCUUCCCGUCUUGGUUUGCCGUGCAAGGCGAAGGAUGCACGCAAAGCUGGACCGGCUGGGAAGGGGAAGGGAACGAAGGUGGGUGAGGGAGCAACGGCUUUUGAAGGGCCGUGCAACGGGACGGGCGCUGGGAAGGAUGGAGAUGGACGUUGCUGGGGGUGA